AUGUCAAUGUUGCAGCCAGUUGAAAGUCCUGACCACCAUGUAGUGUUCUUUGACAAUUUCUUCACAAGCCAUGGAUUACUGACAGAACUCACUGCAAAAGGGUUUCGAGCCUGUGGAACUGUUCGAGAUAACAGAACAGGCAAGUGUCCUCUCCCCUCAAAGAAAGAAGUUGAAAAAAAAGAACGAGGCUAUUUUGACUACAAAUCAGAUGGUACAGUAUUGUGUGUCAAAUGGAAUGACAACUCUAGUGUGACAGUUGCCAGCAACUACUAUGGUGUAAAUCCAAUUCACAAAGUAGAACGACGUGUGAGGAAAGAGAACAAGAAAGCAGUUGAGCAGCCACAUCUCAUUCACAUGUACAACAAGGGAAUGGGAGGCGUUGAUGUGUGUGACAGAAUGUUGUCCUCUUACAGGCCGCGUUUGCGUUCAAAGAAAUGGUGGUGGAACAUUUUCUCAAACAUGCUAAAUCUGACAGUGGUGGCUGCUUUCAGAUUCUACCAAUAUAUUGGUGGAUCGGCAGGUAUGUCACAUAUAAUGUUCAGGAGAGAAAUUGCUCGAGCAAUGGUAAAGGUUCAAGAACACAGGAAGAGACUUGGAGGACCCUCCGUACAGCCAGCAAAAGCAGUGAGGUACGACGGAGUGAAUCACAUUCUGGACUCAUGCACUCAAGGUAGAUGCUGCCUCUGUAUGAAGAACACACGACUGCAGUGCACAAAAUGUGGAAAGAGACUCCACAAGGUGUGCAGUGAAGCCUAUCAUCAGAAGUAA